GCCGCUGUGCAGCGCGGGGCAGGCCGGGACGGCCGGUGGCGGGCGGGCGGCGGGGCUGUGGCGGCGGCGAGGGCGGCGGCGUUGUCGUUGUGAGGCGGCCAUGAACGAGGCGGUGCUGAGGCAGACGCGGGAGGCCCUGGGCCGGGUGAUCCGGCGGCCGCCGCUCACCGACCGGCUGCUGAGCAGGCCGCCCUUCCGCUACCUGCACGACCUCAUCGCCGAGGUGAUCAGAGUGACAGGUUUUAUGAAAGGACUUUACACAGAGUUUGAAUUGAAAUCAGAUAAUGUCAAGGAUAAAGAUGCCAAAAUCAGCUUCCUUCAGAAGGCAAUUGAUGCUGUUGUAAUGGUAACAGGAGAGCCACUGGCAGUAAAACCAGCACGUGUUGUGGCUGGACAUGAACCUGAAAAAACAAAUGAAUUUCUUCAAGCGAUUGGGAAGUGUUGCUUAAAUAAGCUCUCCAGUGAUGCUGCUGUAAAAAGGAUCUUAGCUGGGGAAAGAGCUGAUGCUCAAGGGAAACCUCCGUCCUCUAAAUCUCGAGAUAAAGAAAGCAGAGAGCCCAAAACAGAAGAACAAAAACCCCAUAGGGAUAAAGAGGGGAAAGGAGAUACUGAAAUUAAAGACAGAAGCUCAAGCAGAGACAGAAAACCCAAAGGAGAUUCCAAAGAGAGUGAAGAAAGAGAAAAAGAAAGUGAUAAACAGAAAGAAAAUGAAGACAGACACAAAGACGCUGAAAAGGACACCUUUAAGGAAGAGGAAAAACAAGAAAGAGAAAGAAGCAGAACAACUAAACAAGGAAGAGAAACAGAAAAAAACAAGAGGAAAGGAGACAUAGAACGAGAAGAUGAUGCUGAACGUGAUAAAGGACAGGAAAGGGAGAAAAAAAAUCAAGGAGGAAGAGAAACAGACAGAUUGAAAGGAAGAGACAAAGAUAAGGCUAGGGACAGAGACCGAGAAAAAGACAGAGAAAGGGGAAAAGACCGGGACAGGGAUAGGCAGAGGGACAAAGGAAAAGAUGGGGAGCAUGUAAAAGAACAUGGAAAGGACAAAGCAGAGAAAAAGUCCACAGAUUCUGAGGAAUCCAAGCUUAGAAAAUUGCAGAGGCCAACUAAAAACAGCAAGUGCCAGCCAGAUAAUGAGAGUGAAAGUCCUGCAGGAAUAUCAAGGCAGCCUUCAACAAAAGGAUCAAGGCAACACGCCAAACCCGGAGGAGAAGGAACUAUAGAAGUGAAGAGUGUGGCAGAUGGGAUUUCAGAAGACAAUGUUGCUAAACUGCAAGAGAAAGCUGAACCAGGACUUGCAGUCAAACAGAAUGAAGAAGAAGCAGAGAACAUUGCUCCUGAAAAGCCUGCAGUGUCUGAAAAUGGUGAAGUACCUGAUGAUCUUCCUCCUCAGGCUAUCCAAAGACGUAUUCCCCGUCCCAGCAGUGCGAGACCAGCACCGCCUCGAAUAGUAAAACGUCAAGAAAGCACAGAGGCCUUACUUCCAGAAAGGAGUGGCAGUGGUAAAACAGUCCCAAAUGUGAUCACAGACCAGCAGAUUUCUAAUGAUGAUGAUGACCAGUUUGUGGUGGAGGCAGCCCCGCCAGUGCCUGAAAUGCCAGAGAUGGAAAUGCAGCCAGAAGUGGAACUGGUCGAGGGUGAAAAGCACGGUGGGCUUGUAAAAAAGAUCUUAGAAACAAAGAAGGAUUAUGAAUCAUCACCAAAAUCAUUGAAGACAACAGAGAGGGUUGAGCACUGGACGUAGAAAGGGACAAUGGGGAGGAUUUACAAAACCUCAUGGAUUUCGUGCUCGGGAAGCUUCCUCUGGUGAUUGUACUGAACUUUUUUUCUCUUUUUUUCCCCCCUAUUUUUAUUAACUAAAACGACUCACUGUUAACCCCUUAGAUUUUUUUUAAAUGCACGUGGACAAUUGUGUCCACGUACAAUCAUUGUUUAGUCCCAUUGCCAGGUUUCAGUGUCUAAAACAUUCAUUCAGUCCUCGUUUGUCUUUUGUUGCAUUUUUGAAGCACUGAUCUGUGUUAGCAGCAUUGAUAAUGGGCGACUAAUUCUGGAAAAAAAAACCUGCUGACUUCCUGGUCUGUCACGUGCAACAUACAGCAGUAAGCUCCUGGAAUAUCAUCUGAUCUCAUAUCCAAGCAGCUGGCUGCUGCUGCAUUAGGUUUCCUUGCUGCUACUGCUUUUCAAAUUAUGUCGAAGAAGUUGUCGUGAUCGAGAGAGGAGAAGCAUAGUUUUCCUGACAGCAGAGGGAAAAUCAGUGCACAAGGUGAUUAAAAAUGCUCAGAGCUGGUGCCUGGGACUUGACAGAUAUAGCUCAGAAAACAUGAGCUGGAGAGAAUACUGAGUUCUGGGGAUUUAUUUUGGAGGAUAGAGAUGCUGUGAUGUGGGAUAAAGUAAAUGUAAAAAAAAAAAAAAAAAUACCAACAACAAAAAAACAUUUCCAAUGUGAUGUUGUCUCUAGGAGUCUUUCAGGGGCCGGACAUGCAGCGUGUAGCAGGUAUGGGUCUGGCAUGCUUAUGCGUGACCUAGACGUUCCUGAGAUCCCAAGAAGACAGCGACGGGAGUUAUUCCUGUGAGAGAGCAGAGCAGCGGUUUUGGGAAGGAUAGUUAGUGGUCUGUGGAAUCUCUUUGGGGAGAGGCAGCAAAAGUAAUUAAAAAGAAAGAAGAGUUUCAAGUGGUGUAUUCCUGCCAAGUGCUCCAGGCAGGCAAGUGGAACCAAGUCCCGUUAAGUUGCUGGGACUGUGAGAAUGGGUCAGCGAACUCUGGCCAGCGUGUUGUGUUAAAUAGCCCUAUGUUCCGUGCCAGGUCUAGCUCUGCAGUCUGCUGGGAACAGUAUCAGUCUGAGAUUUGACCAUUUCUCCCCAGACUGUCAGCUCUUUUGUUUAAUUUGUUUUCCAUCAAACUCUCCAGAAGAAAUAUCUUCUACAUCAGUAUGCAACAGUAUUCCAAAAUGUAUUAUGCAUGGAAGAGUAAAAUGUGAUUCUACUUCUGCAUUUUGGAGUAAGGUAACUAAAUUCCAGUGAAAACUAGAAAGAAUACUUGCUUUGGGAAAUUACAGCUGAAGGUUAUCCUCGUGUCUGUCAGUAAGAAUGUUUAUCUUCCAUGGUUUUCUUAAACUAUUCAACACGUAUAAAAGAAA